AUGUACGUCCCACGCAAUAAGUGCAUUGAAUGUAAUGAGUCAUUGCAUAUGGUCUGUGCUACUGAUUGGGAUUUACCAUUAUGCAAACUUUGUGGUAAUAAAAAGGCAACUGAUACGGAGAGAAGAGGUUGCAAACGGGGGCUUGAACAACAAGCUGAUAAAAUGCUUAACCAAUCGCAAAGCAAAUUCCCACCUGUUAAUGUAGGUGACAAUAUUUUGAUAAACGUACCAGAGGUAGAUCGCGGGCGUUUAGCUCCUCGAAACGUAUUAUCAGUCAUUAUGGAAAAAACCGAUCAAGGAUUGUACGUUCUGGGUACCAAAAAUGGAAAAUUGACACGAUUAUACAGCAGAAAUGAGUUUCAAUUAUCUCCUUCCGUAUUUUUAUCUGCUGAUUCUGCUGCAGAUUCUUCUGUCAAUGUACGCCAGGAAGCCAUAUUGCCUUUGGGGUCUAAACAAGGUUUUGUUAAAUGUAACUGUUUGAAAGGUUGUCAAACUAAAGCAUGUGCAUGUGUAAAAUUAAAUAUAAAAUGUAAUUCCAAAUGCCACAAGAGUAAUUCUUGUAAGAACAAAUAG